CCUCCAUUCAGUAGUUCAUUGCUUGUGAUUUUACUCACCACAAUGAAAUCGUUCGCAGUCCUUCUUUCAGCUUUGGCCAUCGCGUCCGCCUUGGACGUUAACUGGAAUACUCUUCGUCCUCGUCAUAUUGAUCAAGAAAUUUUGGACACUCUUCCUGAUAUCACUCCAAAUGGACGAAUCACCGGAGGACAAGAAGCAUCCGCUCAACAGUUCCCGUAUCAAGUUGGAUUGUUCCUUGAAGUUCAAGGAGGUACUGCUUUCUGCGGUGGAUCUUUGAUUGAUCCUGAAUGGGUUCUAACUGCUGGACAUUGUGUUGAUGGAGUCUCCGAAGCCACUGUUGUUCUUGGCGCCCACAACAUCAGGGACAGUAGCGAACCAGGACGUGUUGAAAUUACUGUCCCAAAGUCUAACCUUAUUCUACACCAGAAAUACGAUGGAGCCGCCAUCAAAAAUGAUAUUGCGCUCAUCAAGAUCCCAGCUGUAAAAUUGAGUGAAAAAAUCCAAACCAUCAACCUUCCAAGGAAGAGUGAAUCCAGCGCCAAUUUCGAAGGACGUGCCGCCGUCGCUUCUGGUUGGGGAAGACCUAAUGAUGCUCAAUCCACCAUUUCUGAUGUUCUCCGUUUCAUUGACACCGCCGUCAUGAAGUUAUCUCAAUGCAAAUUGAAGAUGUUGUUCCUUCCACAAGACUCCAAUAUCUGUAUUGAUGGCAAGAACGGUAAAUCAACCUGCAAUGGUGACUCAGGUGGUCCAUUGGCCGUUACCGAUUCUGAUGGCUCCAAGACCGUUGUUGGUGCUACCUCAUUUGGUCUUUCGUUCGGUUGCGAGAAGGGAUACCCAGCCGCCUUCACCCGUGUUACUUCUUAUUUGGACUGGAUCGUCAGCAAUAGUGGAAUUAAACUUCGCGACUAUAUAAACAGCGGGCCAGGUGCCCAUGUUUUCAGUACUUCAUUGCUUGUGAUUUUACUCACCACAAUGAAAUCGUUCGCAGUCCUUCUUUCAGCUUUGGCCAUCGCGUCCGCCUUGGACGUUGACUGGGAUAAUCUUCGUCCUCGUCAUAUUGAUCCAGAAAUUUUGGACACUCUUCCUGAUAUCACUCCAAAUGGACGUAUCACCGGAGGACAAGAAGCAUCCGCUCAACAGUUCCCAUAUCAAGUUGGAUUGUUCCUUGAAGUUCAAGGAGGUACUGCUUUCUGCGGUGGAUCUUUGAUUGAUCCUGAAUGGGUUCUUACUGCUGGACAUUGUGUUGAUGGAGUCUCCGAAGCCACUGUUGUUCUUGGCGCCCACAACAUCAGGGACAGUAGCGAACCAGGACGUGUUGAAAUUACUGUUCCAAAGUCUAACCUUAUUCUCCACCAAAAAUACGAUGGAACCCUUAUCCAAAACGAUAUUGCUCUCAUCAAGAUUCCAGCUGUAAAAUUGAGUGACAAAAUUCAAAUCAUCAACCUUCCAAGGAAGAGUGAAUCCAAAGCCAGCUUCGAAGGACGUGCCGCCGUUGCUUCAGGCUGGGGAAGGCCAAGCGACGCUCAAUCCACCAUUUCUGAUGUUCUCCGUUUCAUUGACACCUCCGUCAUGAAGUUAUCUUCAUGCAAAUUGAAGAUGUUGUUCCUUCCACAAGACUCCAACAUCUGUAUUGAUGGCAAGAACGGUAAGUCAACCUGCAAUGGUGAUUCUGGUGGUCCAUUGGCCGUUAUCGAAUCUGAUGGCUCCAAGACGGUCGUUGGUGCUACCUCAUUUGGUCUUUCAUUCGGUUGCGAGAAGGGAUACCCAGCUGCUUUCACCCGUGUUACCUCCUACUUGGACUGGAUUGUCAGCAACACUGGAAUUAAACUUCGCGACUAAUUCAUUCAUGCCAUGAAUGUAUUUCCACUGUAGGAAGACAAUCUUAAAUAAAAAUGUUUAAAAUAAGAAAAAGAA